GCUACGUCUACGCACGCCUCGUGCAGCGCGACGACGAGGCCAAGCCUCCCACGCUGGAGGUCAGCCUCGUGCGCCUCGGCGCGGGCGUGGUGCCUGCCACGCUGGCCUCGGCCGCGUUCCCGCUGGCAGAGGGCAGCCGGUGGGUCCGCCUGAACUUCACCCUGAGGCCCGCCGGGGGCGCCGAGUGCCGCGUCGAGCGCCGCCGCGCGGGCUGCUUCGCGGCCGGGCCGCGGAGCUCCGCGAGCACGCCGGAGGGCGAGUGCGUCGUGUGCGACGGUGGCCUGGUCCGCCGUUCUCUCGCGGCCGGCCCC